AUGAAGUUCGGCAAGCAGAUCCAGCGUAGACAGCUUGAUCUUCCCGAAUAUGCCGCCAGCUUCGUGAAUUAUAAGGCUCUGAAGAAGCUUAUCAAACAACUUAGUGCGACACCAACAAUACCCGCUCAGAGCGCCGCAGGUGUCCCCCAAAAUGUCCCCGAAGCGCAAGCUGCUCUUCGCGCGAACAAGGAGGUGUUCUUUUUCCGUCUGGAGCGAGAGAUCGAGAAAGUCAAUGCAUUCUAUUUGCAAAAAGAAGCCGAGUUCUCGUUACGGCUGAAGACGCUAGUCGAUAAGAAACGAGUUAUCCAGUCGCGGGCAGUGACCAGCUCAAAAGCACCAGCCAAUUUCGUGGCCCUGUUUGAAGGGUUUCAGCAGUUCGAUGGAGACCUGAACAAGUUACAACAAUUCGUUGAGAUCAACGAGACUGCGAUGUCGAAAAUCCUAAAGAAGUGGGAUAAAACAUCAAAGUCUCGCAUGAAGGAACUCUACCUGCACCGCGCUGUUGAAGUACAACCGUGUUUCAAUCGUGAUGUCUUGCGUGAUUUGUCCGACCGAGCAACGACAGCCAGGUUAGAACUGGAAGCAUGGGCAGAAGGCGAAAACAUCCACUUUGAUACGGCGCGCCCGGUGGAUCGGGCUAUGGCUGUUCAGGCCUUUGGCACGGAUGAGGAAGAUCUCGAUCUGCAGAUUCUACAGUCUGCAAUGGCAGGGAACCUGCAGACGCUCCGCGAAUGGACCGCCAAGUUGCAGUCGUCUCCCGACGCACAGGCUCGCGCAACCCGCACUUUCCUAGCCGCCAUCAACGAGUUCUCCGACGAUGUAUUAGCGGUACUCUUGGAAAGCGGUUUGGUUAACCUCUUAGCUGAAGAUGACAUCAAUGAGCGCAACUGUCUGCACGAAGCAGCGAUCUCUGGUCGUGAAUUUGUUUUCAAAGCUGGCCUGGAAGCCGGGGUCGAUGUUUCCAGAACAGAUGUUUACGGCAGGAUUCCUCUUCAUUACGCCUGUAUGCAUGGACGCGUGGAUAUGGUGCGGGAUCUCCUGGCCGCAGGGCCUCAUACUGUCGAUGUGAUGGAUCAUGAUAACUUCACCCCUUUGAUUCACAGCAUUGUUAAAGAUCAACUAGCAUGUGCAGAGCAACUACUUCACAACAAUGCCCGUAUUGACCCCGCUUCCGAGUCCGAUCAUAUUCCGCUGAAUCUUGCCUGCCAGCAUGGAUCGCUCUCGAUAGUUCAGAUGCUUUUACAGCGGCGUGCACGAUUGCUCCCAGAUGCGGAAGGCCUCUAUCCUCAGCACAUGGUAGCACGAGCCUCGCAGUCGCCGCAGUUACUUCUACUUCUCAAGCAAUAUGGGGCUGACAUGAACCAGCGUGACAAGUUGUAUCAAUGGACGCCGCUCUUCCACGCUGCCAGCGAAGGCUGUGUGGGCUGUUUGCGCACCCUACUUGAGCUAGGUGUCGACGCCAGCGCUGUUGAUGAGAAGGGUCUCUCGGCGAUGUAUUAUGCAGCCUGGGAAGGACAUCUGGAAUGCAUGCUUUUGCUUUGGUCUAUCCGCACAGACUCACGACCCGCACGGACACCAUUCGACAUUAUGAACGGUAUGAGACAGCCAGAAGCAAGCCACAACAUCGACUUGCAAAUCAGCGAUGCGACAGAAACCGGUGAUAUGGAGACCGCUGACGGUAUCCCUGAUCUGUCUCUUCCGCCACCUAUCAUACCCUUGAGGCGUUACGGCCAUAACUUUUUGGAUAAGAAAGUGUUUGUUCAAAUAUUAUUUGACACUGGCGCGUCUGGUUCAAUCUGCUUCGAUCAGGCCGGGCGGCAUCCUGCUGCUCGGUUGACCAUCUCAUCGAAGCUCUCUGACUUGAUUCCCCGGACGAUCAUGCUUCCCAUCCAAGAGGAUUCACGCAUGAUCUCAUUCCAUGUGGACAACCUAGAAUCAUUCGCCGUUGAUUUCGAGAUUUUCCCCGCUUUUGGCUCCAAGGUUAUCGCCAAAACAGUCGCCCUACCAACAGUGUUCAGAGCUGAGAAUUCCAGUACCGGGACAUGUACAUUGCCGUUGUUUGAUCCUCGGUUACGUUCAAUCGGCCAGCUUCAGUUUGGUUUCCAGGUCAUCAAGCCGUACCACGGAGAUCCUCUGGAGAUCACACACUUUGCCACUUAUUGGAAGGCAACAAGUGCUAUCGAUCCUGAGCAUAACGGCCUAGUCACCGGCUCAAGCCUUUCAGGCGACCAUGUUCAGCUUUUCGUGCAACUUACUAAGGAUCGGGUCCCGGUUCUGUACCCUCACUUUACCAUUGGCCAUCACAACAUCGAAAUACCCAUUUGCCAUCUUACCUAUGCCCAGUUCCAAGCAAUGGGCGCCGAAAGGGGCAUCAAUCAUUCAGAGAUGCUGCAGUUCCUGCAAACGCGUGCGGUGGAGGAUUUGACACAGGCUCAUCGCUUGCUGGCCUCAUCAUUCCUCUCAUUGCGAGACGUGUUCCACCAUCUACCACUCAGUGCCAGCAUUAAUCUGUCGAUCCUCUACCCCUCUGCUGCCGAGGAGCGAGCGUUGAACAUGACGUCUUUGGCGGAUGUCAACACCUUUGCCGAUGCGAUUCUUACCGAAGUGUUUGACCACGCUCGUAUUUCGCGUGACCAGAACCCCGAUUACAUGCGGUCUGUGGUCUUUACCUCCUACAACCCCAAUAUAUGCAUUGCUUUGAACUGGAAGCAACCGAACUAUCCCGUCCUGCUUUGCAAUGAUCUGGGCCAAAUUCGUGACUUAGCCCGUGACGUUAAGUCUUUGCCAGACGUCGAUAGUAGUGGUCGAGCUUCUAUGUCCAUUAAGGAAUCGGCGCGGAUAGCGCAAAGCAACAAUCUCAUGGGCUUGAUAUGCCGUUCUAGUUUAUUGAAUGUUGUACCGGCGCUUGUAGAGACGAUCAAGGAGCUUGGCCUCGUGCUAGUUGCGGACACAUCCGAUGACUCUGAGCAACCCGACCAACUAGACGCCAUGCAAGUCGCAAGCCCAUUGGGCGUUGCUGAAUGGGCAUACAGAAUGCCAGACGGUGUGAAUGGUGUCAUGAAAGCCAAUGGCAUCCUGAAAUUCAACGAUAUGAUUGACAUGUGA